AUUGCAGGCAUUCCUAGAGUUGCACGUCAAGUUUUGACAACAGUGAAGACAGCUUCGAUUCGGAAGAGAAGGAAAAUGAAGAUCGCCGCCCUUUUGUUCGUUGCCGGAGUGGCCAGCGCUGCCCGUUUGGAGAAGACCUACCUUCCACCGGUUUCGGCCGCGACGGCCGGAGGAGCGGGGCUCGUUCAAGCUCCGGGAUUAUUCACUGGAGCUUACAAUCCCCAGGCUCACGCCACCGCUGCAGGUUCUUAUCACGGACAACAGAUCGCGAUCACCAAGUACGACAAUCAGAACAACGCCGACGGAUCUUACCGCUACAACUACGAAACGGCUAAUGGAAUUUCCGCUGAGGAAACCGGAGUAGCCCGUGGCAACACCGAGGCUGUUUCCGGCUUCUACUCGUACACCGGGACCGAUGGACUCAAGUACACGGUCCACUACACCGCUGAUGAGAACGGUUUUCAUCCCGAAGGUGCUCACCUCCCGACUCCACCACCCGUUCCCGAAGAAAUACGUCGCGGGGUCGAGUUGUCUCUGGCCGCUGAAGCCCGCGGGGAAAACCAGGGAGGACAGUAUCAUUCCGGAUCUGCCCAGGUGUACAACAACCAGCAUUCCUCGGCCGCAGCCAAUGCCGGAGGCUAUCACUACUAGACUUGGCUAUUGUUCGGUGCAUGUCGCAUCCGAGGAACAGAAGCCACGUGAGACAACACCUUUGAGGGUGUUGACUUCUUCGUUCUUUGUAUUAUCCUUGCAGAUACUCGCAAUAACUAGGUUUAUAUUUUGUAAAAAUUUGUAUUGUACACCAAUAAAGAUGACGCAUUUUACGAUGCUUUUGUAAACAA